GGCUGGGUUUGGGCUGUCAGCAGCUGUCCGGCGCUGGGCAUGGAGCGUGUGCGGGGAGCUGGGGCCGUGCUGGCGGUCCUGGUGCUGCUGGGAGCCCCCCCGGCUGCGGGCGAGGAGCUGUCGGGGGUGUUCCAGGAGAUGUCCACGUACGAGUGUCAUUUCAUCAACGGCACCGAGCAGGUGAGGCUCGUGGUGAGGAACAUCUACAACCGGGAGCAGUUCGCUCACUAUGACAGCGAUGUGGGGGUCUAUGUAGGGGACACCCUGUAUGGGGAGAUCCAGGCCAGGUACUGGAACAGUGACCCGGAAAGGAUGGAGCGCAGACGGGCUGAGGUGGACCUGGUCUGCCGGCGCAACUACAAGCUGUUCAGCCCGUUCAGCGUGGAGAGGAGAGGUGAGCGUGGGGCAGAGCGGGUCCCCUCGGCCCCUGCCCCGGGAAUGACCCUGGAGCCCCUCCAACCCUCCCUGGGAAUCACCUCAGACCCCUCAGCCCUCCCUGUGCCCGUCCCUUGGCCUUUUCUCACGUCCCAGUGCCUCCCAGUUCACCCCAGUCUCUCCCAGUGCCCCACCCCGCGUCUCCACCCCGCUGGGGCCACCGAGCUCACACCCCUCAGCCAAUCCCAGCGCGUCUCUCUGAUGACUCUCCAGUUGCCAGGCAGACCCAAACCAAAGAGUUCUCCCACCAGGACUCAGCCUCCCAGUCCCGAUCGCUUCCUUCCCAGUCCAGACAAGUCACUCCCA